UUCCCCCCAGGCGCCUCGGACGUCGUCUCGGGGCUGGGGUCAGGACAGAGCGGUGACCAUGGCUGGGCUGGUGCUGUCCCCCGUGCUCAGCAACUGUCUGGUGGUGCUGCUGCUGCUGCUUUCAGCAGGUAAAACGGUGCCCACAACCAAAGCAGACGAGACCUCGAAUUCCUCAGGAGGGUCUUGCUCCCGGGUCUGGCAGAGCCCACGUUUUGUGGCCCGGAAACGGGGCCUCGUGGUGGAGGUGAAAUGCCACACAAACAGCUCAAACACUGUGAAAUGGUUGCGGAGGCGAGAGAAGGAGAAGGAGCCCCAGCCACUGCAUCUGGAUCAGAUCCACUUGCUGCAGACCCAGAACAACACCGUCUUCACCCUUACCAUCCGAGACAUCCAGUUUGAGGACAACGGCAUCUACUUCUGCGCUCAGGAGUGCUCCGAGAUCUUAAUUCAGGGCUGCGGCACCGAGCUUCGGGUCAUGGGGUUCAGCACCUUGGGCCAGCUGAAGCGACGGAACACACUGAAAGACGGUAUCAUCAUGAUCCAGACCCUGCUUAUCAUCCUCUUCAUCAUUGUGCCCGUCUUCCUGCUGCUGGACAAGGAUGACAGUAAGGCUGGGAUGGAAGAUGAUCACACCUAUGAGGGCCUGAACAUUGACCAGACAGCCACCUACGAGGACAUAGUGACUCUGCGGACAGGAGAAGUGAAGUGGUCAGUGGGUGAGCAUCCAGGCCAGGAGUGAGGGGCCGGCCCUCCCCACACCCCUGGGCACAGCCUCCUGGGUCCUCCAUUGACUUCCUCAGACCUGCCUGGCUCCCAGCCUGCCCUCUUCCCUGAAUCGCCCAUCAGCCUCCAAAGCUGGCCUGCCAGACCCUCCUCCCACUCCAACCCCUGGUCCUCAACUGUCCCGGAAGGGCCUGGAUUGGAAGGGCCACAAGGCAGUGAUAUGGAGCAGAAGCUCUCAGGAUAAACUGGACCAGACUUCUGGGGUGCUAUUGGGUUCCAGGUCAUGUUUGGGAUGGGGAAGGCAGAGACUUGUCUGGAACUUGCAAAUGGACUCAGAGCAGACCAGCUCCCUGAGGAGCCUGGCAAGGGCCAUGACCCCCAACUCGGCCCCAGAUGGGCCACCAAGAGCUGUGUCCCUGUCUCCCAGUGCCUCCCACCCAGGGCCUCCUAGGCCUCAAACCCAUUAUACCAUGGAAUAAACAAUGUACC